UGCUCUUGCCUCUUUGCCUUUUAGUGCCUGAUUCUACCGGCGGCUGUAAAGCUCUGCCAGGAAGAGAUUUGCUGUGUGGACCAAACAUAGCAGCAAAUAUUAUAAAAUGCUGAACAGCGAAGUGUUCGUGUUUGCUAAGGAGAUGCUGGAGCAGAAGCCCAGCCGGGGCAUGCUGAAGAUCUACGUGCUCGGCUCCACUCUGGCAAUGCUGGGGAUGAUCGGAGGACUGGUGGAAAAUGUUUUCCUGCCCGUUUUGGAGGAUCCAUCUCUUGAGAGCAAAAUGAUGGAGGAGCUUUUCAUGAAGAAGAGGAAGGGAGAGAAGCAGGUGUUAAAACCCUGCUCGGCCCUGGUUCUUACGGAAGAGGAGGACAUGCUGGGAACAGUGCUGUCUGAGAGCAAGGCCAAACAUCUGGCCACCGCUGGCCGGAGAGGCUCCAGCAACCGUUUAUAUGCUUCUUAAUUAAACUCCUCCUGAAUUA